CUAGAACAACAAUCCCCGGAAAAGCGGAAGCGGAAGAAAUCCGUAGUUACAGUCUCUGUACUACUAAAGUUGCAGAAUUGAUUGUUUUCUUUAGUUUUAACAAGGCACUAAUUUAGUUCAACAGCAAUUUCUUCACGUUUAAAAAAGGAGACAGUUAAAGGUAGUGUUUACAGUUUAAACUGUAGUCUGAUCCCAGUCUAACCACAACUGUAGCUCACCAUAAACAGACAUCAGAUAUACAUAGAUGGCCGAAACAGUUUUUAACGCUAUGGAUGUUUUUUUUAUUUGCAGAAGGUUUUCGCGAAAUCUAGAACGUUUUUAACGUUUGAAAUGUUUUUCAACGUUUUUUUCUAAAUCACCCCCUCUUCCUGUCUCUCAGGUGUAUUGCGGCCACUGUUUGUUAAACAGUUGUGGUUUGAUGCCAGCCCCUCCUCUACCUCUUCCUCCCCUCCUGGCUUUGGCGUUGCUUGAGAAAUGACCUGACUUCCAGUUUUCUAGAUCCAAAUUCACCUAAAAAUGGCAGGAAUAGCCUGGUACCAAGAGAAGAUUGGUGCCUAUGAUCAACAAGUCUGGGAGAAAUCACUGGAGAAGGCAAAUCUAAACGGUUUGGACAGCAAACCCAAGAAAACAGGCUAUAUAAAGGCGGACCUUAUUGAUGUAGACUUAGUAAGAGGAUCCACAUUCAGCAAAGCUAAACCAGAGAGUCCGUGGACAGCUCUCACUCGCAAGGGUCUGGUCCGAGUUUUGCUAUUCCCGUUUUUCUUCCACUGGUGGAUCCAGGUGACCUCCAAGUCCGUCUCCUUAUGUAUCUUUGUCCUCUACUUCCUGCAAGUGGCAGCCGUGCUGCUGUAUAUGGAGGUCCCUCGGGCCACUGCGAGUGAGGUGUUUGGACCCGUUUGUCUGAUGCUGCUGCUGGGCACCGUGCACUGCCAGAUUGUAUCGACCCUGUCCAGCCGCUGGCCCUCAGGCAAUCCAGCUGCCAACAGCACCCCCAGCCCAGUGCGCAGAAGAAGGCCCAGGAAAGGCAGAGGGCAUAAAAAAUCUGAGGAAAGAAAUGACAAAUGUGACACACUGACCCAGGAACAGUUUGAAGAAAGUGAUCAGUUAUACAAGGAUGGAGAAAGAAAGCUAAAACCGGUCCAUGCAGUGAUUACCAGCAGAGAACGGUCCGCUCCAGGGAGGGACAAAAGAAAGUCUGGUUUCGGGGCAUCUGAUGAGUUCUCCAGUGAAGAAGAGGGGGGAGUACAAGCAGUGGAAAAAAUCAGCUCAUCAGCUUCUUCAGAAAGAUUGACCACAACACCCUGGCUAACAUCUGAGACUUCUGUCAGGAAAAGAAUCCUGAAGUCCAACUCAAAACACACGGAGGUCAUUGGAGCAUCUGUGAGGGUGAAGCCUCGAGAGGUGGACCGUCUCAGGCCUAGCAUAGGCUCUCGUCCUGCCUCCGACACAGAUGACACGAUGUGGGAGGAGCUUCUCCAAGGUCCCGACUCCCCAUCCACUGGCAGCACAGACAGUGAGGGGAACGGGAGGUACAACGCCCCCUUGCCCCUCCCGCAAACCACCACUCAGAGCAGUGAUGACGACACCCUGCAGCAGGGAAUCACUGGAAGCCAGCUUUCCUGGCUUCAGGCUUGUCAUCCGUCCAAGGACCGUGUUAGUGCCAUCAUAUGGGAGCAGGGCGAGUGUAAGAAAGCUGACAUGUCAGUGCUGGAGAUCAGUGGGAUCAUCCUCACACGGGUGAAGUUGGUGGAGCAGGGUGUGGGCUACCUCAUGCUUAGUGGUCUCAUGACUGCUACCCUGGCACUGCUCCCCUUCACUUUCCGCUUUGCACAGCACGUGGACAUGUCGAGCCUCAGCUCCCUGACUCUGAUGGAGGUGGUGAAAAUGGUGGUUGGACCACCUGAUGUCCAGACCUAUGUAUUCUUCUUCAUCACCGCUGUGUUACGAGUCUGCCUCACUGGACUGUUCUUCUUUAUGAUGUGCGUGGCUGAGAGAACAUACAAACAGAGACUUUUGUUUGCCAAGUACUUCAGUCACCUAACUUCAGCUCGCAAGGCCAAGAAAUCUGAGAUUCCUCAUUUCCGCCUUAAAAAAGUCCAGAACAUAAAGAUGUGGUUGUCUCUCCGCUCGUUCCUCAGGAGACGAGGGCCCCAGCGCUCGGUUGACGUCAUUGUCUCCACUAUCUUCCUUUUAGCACUCUCCAUUUCAUUCAUCAUUUGUGCCCAGCUUCUGCACAGCCACAAGACCUUCCUGCAGUCUCUGACAAACUGGGAGUUGGUGGUGUGGGCCUCCUCUCUUAUCCUCUUUCUUUUGCGCUUGGCCACACUGGGAUCAGAGACCAACUGCAAAUACAGCAACUCUUCCGUGUUGCUCACUGAGCAGAUCAAUUUGUAUCUGAAGAUGGAGAAAAAACCCAAUAAGAAAGAAGAACUAAGCAUAGUGAACAAUGUCUUGAAACUCGCCACUAAACUGAUGAAGGAGCUGGAUACUCCGUUCAGACUCCUGGGUUUGACGGUGAACCCUCUGAUCUACAACAUCACCAAAGUUGUCAUCCUGUCUGCUGUGUCUGCUGUGGUCAGUGAUCUGCUCGGCUUUAACAUCAGACUGUGGAAAAUCAAGCCUUGAAGUUAAAACAGGAAAACCACCAAGAGUCGAACACUGAAGAUAUAAAUUGCCAAUGUUGUCUGCAGGCGUGCAAAGCUACUGACUUUAACUCACUUGGACCUUACAGCUGAAAGAAGUUUCACCACUCCGAAAUUUUGGGAAAAAACAUCAACAGCUCCUGGAAAAUGCUUUGGCUUCAUUUUGCACAUUUCUUUUUAUCCAAUCUGUCAACUGAUGGCCUGGCCUUUGACUUUUGAAAUUAGAUUGGACAGACUUCUUUGACAUCCAAAUGUCCACCUGUGUCUUUUAUAGACACACAGAGUAACAGAUGUAAAUGUUGAUGUAAAUUAUCGUGGCUACAAUACUAUAAAACUCCUCUACAGACUGUGUACUUUCUUUCCAAGGGCCAGAAUGUGAGUACAGCAGGCCUGCUCUCCUUUUAUUAGGAUUCAUUUGAAUGCUAACCUUUUGUAUUAUUUAAUAACGUGGAAAUAUGGUGGCUGUAAUUAGUUAUUAUUUAUUUUUGGGUGAUCUGUUGUAGCUCUUAAAUGUUUAAUGGUACCUGUAAACAGUGUCUCUUUCACCACUAUGAGCUUUUGUAACUAUGCAGAAAAGAUUAUGACAAUGCUAAAAAUGUUUUUAAGGUCUAUUAAAUAUUUUUGGACCAUUCCUAGUGGUGUUACUUUACUGGUUACUUUCUGAACUCUAUCUUUAUAGCCCUCUGCUCACUGAAAAUGCCAUCAUAAUUUUGUAAAAUUUCACAAGUUAUAUUAUGUAAAUUAUGGUGUUUUUUUUUUACUCCAGGUCACUGUAGGCAAAUGAGUGACUAUAACAUACAAAAAGCUAUUGUAUACCUUGACUACUGAUAUCCCUUUGCUUUUUAAAAAUAAAAUAACAUGCAGUCUAACAUUAAUUUAAAAAAUAAA